AUGACCGGCUUCGCACCGCUGACCUCCCGAGGGUCGCAGCAGUACCGUGCUCUGACGGUGCCUGAGCUGACUCAGCAGAUGUUUGAUGCCAAGAACAUGAUGUGCGCGGCAGAUCCUCGUCACGGGCGCUACUUGACGGCCGCUGCGCUGUUCCGGGGCCGCAUGUCCACAAAGGAAGUAGAUGAGCAGAUGCUUAACGUGCAGAACAAGAACUCGUCCUACUUUGUGGAGUGGAUCCCGAACAACAUCAAGGCAUCGGUCUGCGACAUCCCGCCGAAGGGCUUGAAGAUGGCGGUCUCCUUUGCCGGGAAUUCCACCGCCAUCCAGGAGAUGUUCAAGAGGGUUGCGGAGUACUUCACCGCUAUGUUCCGCCGCAAAGCAUUCCUGCACUGGUACACCGGCGAGGGAAUGGACGAGAUGGAAUUCACAGAGGCCGAGUCCAACAUGAACGACCUGGUCUCUGAGUACCAGCAGUACCAGGAUGCCACGGCGGAGGAGGAAGGUGAGUUUGAUGAAGAGGAGGGUGAGUACGAUGGCUAG